ACGCACACAUCAUUCGGCAAGCAGCAGCAAAACAAAUCGUGCGGGUCCAUAAACGCGUUGCGUACACCGUUCGUUCGUCGCGCACACAGUACAAUCGGAUCACAGCAAUGCCCUCCUAACAAAACGGUCAGUGUACGCGCGUGUGGCGAAAGUGGAUUGUUUUCCCGACCAUCUUUUAGCUUUGACGCAGGUGUGAGACAACAGUGCACACACACCAGGUGGAAGGCAGUGAAAAGCAGAAGUGAAAAACAGCAAAGAAAAUCACCCCAAACUUUAGUUUGGGAGAAGGAGAGGGUGGUGCUGCUGCUAGUGGGAUUCUAGUGAAACGUCGUGAAAAUGCAGGUCCCGUACGCAGCGAUCCCCACCAGGAGACGAUGAAAGGUCUGGUGCCCUGGUGAGAGCGAGAGAGAAUUGGGGAAAAAGAAAGGAAGGGCACGUUCGCACGGAAAAAACAGAAGCAUAGCCUACUACUACUACGCACGAUCCGUAAGAUGCAUGCAUUCGAUCGGUAUUCGUAAACGGGCAUUAAUCGUCUUUAGCUGCGACCGAACGUGUCAAACGCCAACGGUGUCAAACAGCUUCCGUUUGGGCUGCCAUAGUGCAACCGAUACAAAGUCUAGCCGCGAGUGUUGUGGGUGCGAGUGAUAUUAAUGCAUUAAGCCAGUGUAGGAGAAGUUCCCGUGCGUCGAUGCAGCAUGCAUACAGUAGCAAAUAGUAAAUAGUUAAAUAAAUGCGAUGAGUGCCAGAAAAGAUGCUGCACAGCUGGUUCGGCUGUUGGUGCAGUAAGUGAAACGCGAAAAAGUAUUGUUUGUGUGGGUGCGCUGCGGCUUAUCUGCGUCGAGUGAGUGAGUUUUUUUUGUGUGUUAUCGUUCGGUACCCGUCAUCGUGCCCGAUCGCGCUCGCAGGUCGCAGGUUUUUACGCACAUUUUUACACCGGUGGGCACUGGGCCAUACCAGCGUUCCGACGGCCUUCGAGCGAUGUGCGUCUACAUUGUCGCUGUCGUCGAACGGCUUGACACGAAGCGCAAACGCACACCGACGAGCCUGCGGGUGGUGAGCUGAUAAAGAUGAACGUUGGACAGCACACCGGCCCGGGGCCGCCAUUGAGCCGCAAUGGCUGCUCGGACCGUUCCGUUACCGGGCCGUCCUGCCGGGCGCUCCGGACCGCCGUAUCGGCCCUCUACUGUCUGGACGAUUUUCACCGGGAGCAUAUCGGGUCCGGCUUCUUCUCGGAGGUGUACAAGGUGACACAUCGGACUACCGGUGAUGUAAUGGUGCUGAAGAUGAAUCAACGGCGUGCCAACCGACCAAACAUGUUGCGUGAAGUUCAGUUGCUGAACAAACUGUCGCAUCCAAACAUUCUGAGGUUUAUGGGCGUCUGCGUGCAGGAAGGACAGUUGCACGCCCUCACGGAGUACAUCGAGGAAGGUUCACUGGAGCAGCUGAUCGCGAACAAGGCACAGUACCUUCCGGCCCUUUGGAAGAUAAGAAUCGCACUGGGGAUUGCUCGUGGCAUGCAGUACGUACACGAUGUCGGUAUCUUCCAUCGCGAUCUUACGAGCAAGAACGUGCUUGUGAAACGGUUACCGGAUGGUAUGUUCGAUGCAGUAGUCGGAGAUUUUGGGCUAGCAGCUAACAUCCCCCGAAAGUGUGGCAAACCUCGCCUUGAUACUGUUGGCUCACCGUACUGGAUGAGUCCGGAGUGUCUGAAAGGACAGUGGUACGAUCAAACCAGUGAUGUAUUCUCCUUUGGAAUAAUAUUGUGUGAAUUAAUAGCUCGGAUUGAGGCAGAUCCGGACAUUAUGCCCAGAACUGAUACGUUCGGUUUGGACUACAUUGCUUUUGCCGAUGUGUGUCCAAACGACACGCCACCGGCGUUUUUAAGACUGGCCUUCUAUUGUUGUACUUAUGAUCCAAAGAGUCGACCAACGUUCACGGAGUGUGUGAAAAAGUGUACACUGCUGUCGGAUGUAUGCGAGGAUAGCUACAACCAUCUGCAGCAACAGCAACAGGCACACUAUCGCAUGAACCUAGCUAACGGAAGUGCGAUCUCGAACGGUGUUGGCGUGAACGGGCUGAACGGUUCGACCAGCAGCAGCUCCGAACCGGUACCAGCGGUGAGCGAAAACGCUUCCACCGGCAGCAGCGGUGGCAGCAACACGUCAACCCCGUCCGGUAGUGGGGAAUACUCACAAAACCCGCUCCACCACCGGCGCUCGCUGUCGGAGAAUGUGAUCGUAUUCCCACCGCACACGACGCCCAGUGAUAAGGCACGGUAUCACAUGUACCAGCGAGGGAACUCGGUAGUUCGGCCGGCCGAACCAGCAAUCCCGGAAUCGCCCACCUACUCCAACCAAACGCUGCGCAAGGUCGCGGAAACGAUGCUGCUCAAGGACUCGCAGUACAAGCCGCGCGCCAAAACGGAACAGGGCAGCGGGCCGAAAGCGAACCCGUUCAGUGCGCUGUCGCAGCUGAAGGGUGUGAAAAAGAUUCUCGGACCCAAACCGGCCGUAACGACGUACAGUUCGGGUGAUUUGUUUAGCUCGUGCUUCGAAAUAUCGGCACCCUACUUCCGGGCCUGGAACUCGGUGCAAAACCAGAUCGUGCGAAAUGCGCGCGACGGUAGAAGCUGUACGGGGCUGGCAAGUGUCAGCGGGUCCAAUUCGGGCGGUAGCAAUAGCGAGGGCCAGCCGAAGAGUUUGCCGAACUCACCCACCUCACCGCGCAAGGAGUAUGGCGAGGAGGACGACGAGCACAGUAUGGCGGGUGGUGGUGGUGCGCUAGCGAACGAGUACCGCAAAGUGUCGCUCGGAAACGUGCGCAAAUAUCGGGCCAGCUUCACCGAACUCUCUAGUCAUCCACUGUACAAGAGUGGCCAAAUUGAGACUGAAGUAACGGGUGCCGGCACGGUGCCGGGCGCGUUAAAGGCGCCCAAUGCGGGUAAAGCGGCUGCGGCUACCACCAGUAUUGGCGGUGCGGCGCCAUCAAACACAGUCAAUUUAGCUACGGCCAAGAAAAUGUCCAACGGUAGCGUGAAACCUAUAAUGCCUUCCAUCGUGUCCGAGGAUCCUGCUGACGAGGAGCUGGAACUGAAUGAAGAGGAGUCAAAGCCGGUGAUUAAACACGUGAAAGCUCCCAGCCAAACGGCGCACAGUCUGGUUCAUUUGUGUGGCAGCAAUAAUGGGGAUAGUGGCACGGAAGAAGGUCAGGACGGUGCAAGCUGUGAUGGAGAAUCGACCCAGCUGGACGAUGAGGAGGAAGAGGAAGAAGAAGAGGUUGUGGUGGUUAGGCAGAAGAGUGAGGGCGGUGAGCAGAGGAUGGUAGAAGAGCGACUGCUAAACGCCGCAACUGGCACAACCAUUAUUGGAGAACCGAGUACGAUAGGCGUCAGUGGGAAGGAAGCGUGUGCGGAAGGUGACGGAGUGUUUGAGGCACCGCGUAUUCUCACCCGACGGGGAUCGACCGAGAGUGGAUUCUUUUCCUGUCUCAACGAAGACUUUGGCACGUACAAAUCUUCUCCCUGCUGCUGCCUGGAGCAGAUUGCACACUUUGAAUCGACCGAUCGGCUGUCCAUGUGUCGGUGUAUAUACGCUGGAGCAUCGACGCUAGCUAGCGGAGGACCCGGGACAGGCUCGAGUGGUACGCCUGCCGACGGUUUGACCGGUCUAAUGUCCAACCAGACGCUAAACGAUAGCUCAAGUAUACUGUUCUUCGAUGACAGCUCGACCACGGUCAGUUCACUGCGAAGUAUGGACGAUUUGGAGCUUUCGGAUUCAAUUCGCAAGCGGUUCAACCAUCACCACCAUCACCACCUGCACCAUCUGCAUCCGGCCCAUCAUCAGCUGCACAGUCGGCACCAUCACGUGCUGAGCAAUGUGGACAUUGACGCGCGUUCGAUCGACAUGGGUCUGAUCAAUCGAUUGGCGCUCGAUUCGGAAAUUAGCAGCAUGAUCCAGAAGAACCAGUUUACCAACCAGCUGCUGUACUGCAAAAACCGUUCGUCAUCGAUAUUCACCGACAGCUCGGACGAUAUCAGCAGCCUAGCCGGUUCGGACUCGCUGCUGUGGGAUGAUCGGUCGUGCAGCAACAUGCCCAACACCCGCUCGGCCCAGAUCGCCAAGAUCGUCGAGUACUUCGAGCGCAAGGGCCAAACAUUCAAACCAUUCACUGUACCUGAUACGCUUCAGCUGGGCGCGUCCGCCUCCGGGAGCCACUGCGGUGGCCCGGGUAGUUCGGUACACCUUCAGCAUCAUCACCAUCACCACCAUCAUUAUCAUCGUGCGCCUAGUGCGGCCUAUUCGACGGGUGCGACCGCAUCGCCCUGUAUUGCGAUGAGCGGUGGCACGAAUGGCGCCAACGGAGCCACACCACUAGCAACACCAAAUGGAACAGCAGUCAUCAACGGCGAGGCAGGACGAACGCAUGCUUCCAGCGCUGCUGCUGCGGCGACUGCAGCCAACAACGCAAAGCUAUCGCAGGCCGAACUGAAGCAACGGUUCGAGUACGAAGCGUUCUGUCUGGAGCUGGAACGGAAGCAGCAAGCGUCGGGAGCCGUUCCCAACGCUCCCCAGAUUCGGCUCAACAACAUCUGCGAAGGAAACGUGCGCUCGAAGUUGCAGCUGUUCGAUAAGCUGAAGCAGCAGGGUGCCGCCGCUACGACAGCCGCGGCAACGGCUAACGGCAUCCCGCAGGCGAGUAGUAGCACCAUCUGCAAUGGCAGCGGUAGUAGCAAUAACGGUAGUAGUAAUUGCACCGCUGCUGCUACGCACGCCACGAGCAGCAGCACCAGCAACAUGAACGGGUUAACCAUAAUAGAUAAGUAGAGAAAGGAGGGUUGGUAUCAAGCAAAGUCCUUUAUCGCGGCUAUUAUUACAAGCGCGCAGGAGGCAAGGAGGCUGAGGAAAAAAUUGCUAUCGCGGAUAGCGAAAGUAGUAAUAUUAACUACCUAUCGGUCGAAAAGAAAAAAACUACAUCUUUACCUUCAAAAUGACGGUUAGCUAGAUGUGUUGUGUUGUAUGUUAUGAUCCGUCCUAACCGUCAGUGGACGAUUGAGUUAAACACAAAAGCAAAUCGAAAUGAGAAACCAAUGCGCCAAAACAAUUCUAACCUAGAACCUGAUUGGAUGUGUCAAACCAAGCCAACCCGUACAGUUGAAGAGAAGAGAGAGGGAGAGAGAGAGCAAAAUAGUAUAAAUAUAUAUAUUUCAAUUCUUGCACUAGCAAGUCACUCUUGCCGUCAGGGGCCCGUUCUUGCGCGAUAGAAAAUUAGGAGCAAUAGUUAAUAAUCCGGUCCAUAUCCUAGGGUAGUGUCCUGGCAGUCAGAGUGGACGCUGUAGUCGUUAUUGUCGUCGGUGCAAAUACGAUCCCACAGUGUCUCGGCGGAAAGCCCUAGCGCCACAACCAUAACGCUCUUUGAGCGAGCGUGUAAAUGAUCUUCGAGUUCCAUCCUUUAAAUGAACUAACCACAUUUUGCCAAACACUCGACAAGAAAAGGAGGAGGUGAAUUUCCCAGUCACACACACACAAAACAAUCCGUUAACGAAACAGUGAAACUAAUAAGGCAACUAGCAAAGGCUCGAGCGUUGCGCCAGUCGUCUGGUGACGGGAUGGGCGCACACCCGUAGCAAGAAGAAGAGUGAAUCAAUUCGUAAACUUUUUGACGUCCAUUUUUUAAGCAAACAAUUAAUCAUUACUGUUGUAGUACACCGAGAGGACAGAGCGAGAGAGCGAGAGAGAGAGGGAGAGAUGGAAAAAGCAUAGAAAAGAGCAAACUAGUAAAAGACAUAGAAAAUCCAUCUUUUUCGGGUGAUAAAAGAUUGUAAAAAGGGUUCUGGUUUUAUGUGUUUGGGUUUGAUCUUCUCAUUUCCGUUUCCGAUGUCUCCCGCAAAAGGACUGAACGAUAGGAUGUAGCAGACACACACACACACACGCACUCACACACAGCUGUGCAGAAGAAAUAAUGCCAAAAAUUGCGAUCUACACACAUUUACCACGGCUCCCAUACGAAUCAGUACACGACUAUGAUUUUCGUGGCAGGCGCAAUUCUCCUAGGUCUUCCCUUUUGUACCGUGUGUAGGUGCUGCUUGGUGUUUUCUUUUACGUUCGAUUCACCACAGCGGUUUACGGUGUUAAGGAGAGACACACUUCAGGAAGUAUUUUUUAAAGCCUUAUGUCCGCUAAACUAAUCCACCCCACUGGCCCUACCUCUGCUAGCAGCCUUCUAAAGCUGCUGCUAGUUCCUUUUCCAGUUCUGUGUACAGUGCUGUUGGUAGGUUAUAAAGCAGGCGUCCAAUUGGUUUGGAGCAAUGCACCCGAUUCGAAAUAGAAACAGUCGAAGGAAUGCGGACGCUUGCUUUAUACCCUUCCCGGCACUAUACUUUACUGUCGUACAAGUAUUCUUCUCUUGUUUUUUUGUUUUCCUUUUCCUUCUUUUUACCACCUAGUAAAGAUGGGCAUGUUUGCAAUAUAUACUGAUUUAGUAGCUACUCAUAUACGCAUAGCAGCUGGAUAGAGAUUAGUUUGCUGGUGUGCACUAUUCUUAAGUUGGGAUCAUUUACGCUCGGCGAGUAAAUAGUACGUAAUUAGUGUAUUUGAAUGCAGUGGCGUUGCAUGUAUGCUUGAGAGCUGCACUAGGGUGGGUGAGCUAUGCUUUCUAACUUGUUUAGACAACCGGCGAACGUUUGGCGGCAUGAGAUUAUUUAUUGCUAUAUUCUCUUCACCUAUCACCUAUCUAGGGUGAUCACCUCUUUGCCACUGCAAGUGAUUAGUGCGCACGGUUACGUUGCUUUUUUUUCUGUACGGUGCAAGUGUGCGCACUGUUCGGUUUAUAGGCAACAGCAUCCAAUACCCUUACGUGUCCUUAGUUCGCUUAGGGACUUUACUUAUGCUAGGGUUAUAAAUUGUUUUUUUUUUCCCGUGCUGUAAAUAGAUUAUUUAGAAGAGGUGUGCGAAUCCCGUGUUCGUACUAAUUUUAAAUCACACACACACACAAAGCCACAGACCGACACGGAACCUAUGCGUUACAAUCAUCAGGAACAUCAGCAAGUAUUACUGAACUAUAUAUGUGUAUGUAUAUGUUUAUCAACGUUUCAAUUUUUCUGUCGAUAAAGCACGGACCGGAGCCGUUAAGUUUCUCGGUCCCCGUUUUAAAAAACCUCCUGGUGGGUCACUCGGAGUGCCCCCCACUCCCCCCACACUACCCCACUACUAUUACUACUUCGCAAUCGAUUCGUAGCCAAACCGCGCCGCGACCCCAUCCCGGUCGGGGUGGGAAAGAAUUGGAAUCCAUCCAAGCCCGUCGUACAACCGUACAUAAGUGUGUAUAUUCAUCUCUAUUAUAGAAACCGGUGUCACACACCGCAGUACAACACGCUGUUCGUUUAUAUACAUCAAGAGCAAACUGUUAUUUGCCGUUCUUAGGUACACAUACACACAGAAAACCCCCCUUUACCACAACGGCGCAGGUUGAACACUAGUGAAUGUAAAAUAAAAAUUAGUAACAAACAAAAACAAACUGUUUUCUUCUGCUACCGCCUGUAAGGUGGUCAUUGUAUGCAGGGCAAAUUGUGGCAAGAAAGGAUAAACUCUUUCACCAAUUUACACACACACACACAAAAUUGUUGCGAGAAGAAAAAAAGAAAGGAAGGGAAUUAAAAAUGUCUUGCCCCCCACCCCCCCCCCCUUUCCUCGGUCCUUAAUAAGGAUCAAUCCUUCUUCUCUUCCUUCUAAAAUGUAUCGCUUGUAUAUAGAAAGUAUACAAACUAUUAAAAAGUUAUUAUAUAUUUGAACGUAAUUAUUAUUGUACCAUUCAAAAGCAACAGUCUGAACAUCACAGAAGAACCGUACAGAAGGAGAAGGAGGAAUAAUAGUACAGCGCAGUAACAAAUCAAACGAAAACAAUAGGUCAAAUGGAAAAAAAACAAUCCGUGCAGGAAGGAAGAGAAAACAACACACAAACUGUAUGUACUUUUCAGCAAUGAAACGCAAAGCAGUAAAUUCACAACUGUGUCAAACAGCAAAUGGAUGAGAAAUGGAACAAAAAUGUUAAUAAACAUUAGUGAAAAAAGA